AUGGAUGUUGAGUCCGCGGAGUUGGUGGGGAGUAUUGCCGAUGGCAGCACCGAGAUGGUGCCUGGCAUUCCGCUGUGCACUGUAUGCAGCAGACAUUUGCUGGGCCCCAACGAGCGGGCCAGCAGCAGCAGCAGCGUGGAUGCGCCCCAUAAAUGCGCCCUGUGUUUCGGUGUGCUCGAUGCUAAUUAC